CGAUGAUGACGCGCCGAUGGAGAAUUUUCACGAAGGUUGCAAAACAGUUGCGUCAGAAAGUUGCGCACUUGUUUCUGGAAAGGUGAACGACGUCCGCAGCCUGUCUCGACUAAUACAGGGUAACACACAUCGUGACCAUGUUGGUGGCCAGGCUGACAUGCCUGAGGAGUCUUCCUCUCGCCGGGCUCCGUCCGGUGCUGUCGCAGGGCUCCACAGCCCUGAGAUCACCCGCCCUGAAGGCCUGUCCGCCCCUGCUCAGGCCCCAGCAGGGUUUUUCCUCCAAAGUCAGAUUUGGUUUCCGUCGUGGGAAGACAACCAGAGACCAGCUCAAAGAAGCAGCUUUUGAGCCAGCAACAGAUACCGCCAUUAAAAUUGACAGCAUGGGAAGGAUCUUUCUGGCCGGAGGUGCAGCAGUCGGCCUUGGAGCUCUGUGCUACUAUGGACUCGGCAUGUCCAAUGAAAUCGGUGCCAUUGAGAAAGCAGUGAUCUGGCCUCAGUAUGUGAAGGACAGGAUCCACUCCACCUACCUGUACUUUGCAGGCAGUGUUGGAAUGACAGCUUUGUCGGCUGUAGCAGUGAGCAGGACCCCAGUACUUAUGGGAAUGAUGAUGAGAGGAUCCUGGCUGGCUAUUGGAGCAACUUUUGCAGCUAUGAUUGGUGCCGGCAUGCUGGUCAGGUCCAUUUCAUACGAGCACAGUCCAGUGCCCAAACACCUCGCUUGGAUGCUCCAUGCAGGUGUGAUGGGUGCUGUCAUCGCUCCCCUCACUCUCCUGGGAGGACCUCUGAUGAUGAGGGCUGCCUGGUACACAGCAGGCAUCGUGGGAGGUCUGUCCACCGUGGCCAUGUGUGCCCCAAGUGAGAAGUUCCUUAACAUGGGCGGGCCCUUGGCUGUCGGCUUUGGAGUGGUCUUCGCGUCCUCCAUCGGAUCAAUGUUCCUGCCGCCCACCUCAGCUUUCGGAGCAGGCCUGUACUCUGUGGCCAUCUACGGAGGUCUGGUCCUGUUCAGCAUGUUCCUCCUUUACGAUACACAGAAGGUCGUCAAGAGGGCCGAGACACAUCCACUCUACGGUGUACAGAAAUAUGACCCCAUUAAUGCGUGCAUGGGGAUUUACAUGGACACCCUGAACAUCUUCAUGAGACUGGUGAUGAUUCUGUCUAACGGCGGCAGUGGCAGGAGGAAGUAAACAGCAGCAUUUUGACUUUAGCUUUAACGUUACCUUCCACAGAGCUGAACAAAACCAUGUUUUAUUACUAGCAGCACAUGCCAGGUGUUAAAUCUUAGUGACAACUCUCAUCUAGCUGGUGAAUAAACAUGAACGCUUUGUAAGUGUGCGAAGGCGAGGAUUGCACAGACAUAUGGAGAGCUCUUGCGUUGAUUGUGGAAGUAUCUGGUUGAUCCUGGGGGGAUACAGAUGAGUUAAAUCUGUCAACAUCAUUUCCUCUGUCUCAGAUGUACUUUGUUUUUUUCGUGUUUUGUAUUUAUUUCCACUCGGCAGUGUUUCUGUUUCUAAUAAGAAUUCUGAGAAUAUCUGGUAUAUGCAACAGAAAUGGCACUUAUGUCCGUCACAGACUGGUCUAAACUCACAGUACAAUAAAUGCACUUGCUCUAGUAUACACUGAUAUUGCACUUCAGUGAUGGGUUAAAGAGGUUCAUACAUAAGUUCAGUAAUUUAAAUCUUAUUAGAAUCACUCAAUAAACAAAUCAAAAGUUGUUUGUUUUUUUGUCAGAUGGUGCUGUUGUGUUCUGUUUUGAAUCCUAAAAUCCAGCAGAGGAUGAGCUGACGUGAUGAUUCCUGGCGCUUUUUUUCCACAGAAGACAUUUUGACAUGUCACAGAAGGAAAAGCCCUGGUAUUAAAUAAAUAAUACAAUUUA